AAUUUAAAAAAUCAGAAAUGUAGGGAACCCACCGCAUUUUGCAGAUCUUGUCCCCUCUAGUAUUUCUCUAGAAUUAUCACCACAUUUUUUGUUAUUAUAUUACUUUUUUUUUCCAAUUUGCAUAUCAAUUGUAUAUUAUUCUUUUAUCAUCUUGAAAUCAUAUCAUUUGCUUCUACUUUAUAUUCAGAUCUGAAACAAACCAACCAAGUAAAAAAACAUCCAAAACCAUAACCAUGUCUAUGUUUUCAAACUUCAUAUUCCCACCACCAUCUUCGAUAUUUGUCACAACCAUGUCAAUUAUAAGCUUUAUUGCACUUGGAAAUUACGGUAUUUCUGAAAUUAGAGGAAAGCAUAUGAACUAUUCAAAAUUCUGGAAUGCAAAUAAUAACAACAUCAACAGUGGGGAAAAACUUAAGUUUUCAAGUAAGGUUGGUAUGUUGUUGGUAUAUACUCCUGCUUUUCUAACUGCUGCGGCGUCGUUUUGGAUCUUUCCCAAGGAAGGUUUUAGAUCUAAUGUUCUUCAUUCUGCCUUGACCCUUCACUACUUCAAGAGGGUCUUUGAGUCUCUUUUUGUUCACAAAUAUAGUGCUUCCAUGCUUCUUGAUUCAGCAAUUCCCAUCACUGUAAGUUACUUCAUGUCAACCAUAACAAUGAUCUACACUCAACACCUCACAAAAGAGUUUCCAGAACCAUCAAUUAAUUUAAUAUACCCAGGAAUUAUGCUUUUUCUAAUAGGCAUUAUUGGUAACUCCUAUCAUCAUUUUCUUCUAUCCAAAUUAAGAGGAAAAGGUGAAAAGGAAUACAAAAUUCCAAAAGGUGGCUUAUUUGGGAUUGUGAUAUGUCCACAUUAUCUUUUUGAGAUAAUUGAGUUUUAUGGGAUGUUUUUUAUUUCUCAAACGUUGUAUUCUUUGUGUUUUGCAAUUGGUGAUACUUUUUAUUUGUUGGGGAGGAGUUAUGCUACUAGGAAUUGGUAUCUUUCCAAGUUUGAAGAUUUUCCUAAGAAUGUUAAGGCUCUGAUUCCGUUUGUGUUUUAAGGUGUUGUUUGUAUGAAUGUUGGAAUAAAGUAUGAUGAUUUUCGUACUAGAAAUAACAGUUAUUGAUUGAUAAUAAUAAA